CCGUAAUACCACCGACUGGUCGUUCUUGAGGGGUUUUUCUUCGUCACCGCAAGAGGAGCUCAAUUGCAGUCUCUGGCUCCCAUCUCCACUGCUUUUUGCAAAGAGACUCGCCCUGGCUUCCCUCGAUGCCAUUGUGGGGAUUAUGUAUCACCAUGGUAUCAGCCUCGACCGCCGACGAUACUAAAUCGGAUGGACCACACGUGCCGGGAACUGGGAGUGUCUGGAAAUACAUAGUGAAUAUACGGUCGGGAGUUUUGGUAGGACACUCCUCGAAACCUGGUCGACCAGUCGAACUUGACCUCUAUAUAUACGUUUACUGUGACGGGUUCUCCGAUGCGUAUUUACCAAUAGAAAUCCAAAGCUGCGGUAUGGUCUACAUGAGCAUUUCUUAAGACGACAGGACCUAUGUAAUCCAUAUGCUUUCGCAGUUUGGUGUUCGGAACUCCACUGAAUUGUAUGCUAUUUGCUUAAGCUUCAGCGCUCAGUGGACAUCCAUAUGCCACUAAAUA